GUCAAAACGUUUUUCUCAUCAGAGAGUCUCACUGACAGACAGCAGGCAGGCAGGCAGAAUAUCUAUAAACAUGAGCGACCUUGGAGGAGUGGGAGUGACCCUGUCAUCCAACCAGUCCUCAGGUACCAACAAGAUGAAUGAUUCCACCAACUGCGAUCACCAUGACCCCUCGGGUCAUGUUUUCUUCAUGCUAGUCUACAGUCUGGUGUUUCUGGUGGGCAUACUCCUGAAUGGUUUCACCCUGAAGGUCUAUUUCUGCAGAGCUCAGCAGACAUCCAGUAGCGUGACCAUCUACCUGAAGAACCUGGCAGCUGCCGACUUCCUCAUCAGCCUCUGUCUCCCCAUACGAAUCAUGAAAUUUGCCAGCAGCUCCGUCCCCGUCCACCAGGUCUACUGCAACUUUGGAGCCUCUGCCUUCUAUCUAAACAUGUAUGCCAGCAUCCUGUUCAUGGGCUACAUCGCAGCAAACAGGUAUCUGAAGAUCGUCCAUCCUUUGGGAACUCACGUCCUGCAGACGGUACGAGCCGCUCACGUCCUCUCCACGCUAACCUGGGUUUUCCUCCUGACCAUGAUGGGCGCCUACAUCCUGCUGUCCCUCCUCACCCAGGAGCCGCUACCCUCUGUCCACGUCACAGGGAGCUGUGAUGUCCUGCAUAGUCAACAACUCAGCCUGCUCUACAAAAUCAUCCACUCCUGCUCUGCCACCAUCUUCCUUCUGGUCCUCAUCUCCCUGAUCUGCUUCUACUACAGCACGACCCACAGGCUGUCGCUGGCGCAGCAGAGGCAGCCUGUGUCCUUCAGCUCCAAGAAACUUGUCAAGUCACGCAAGAACAUGUUGGUGCUGGUCAGCGUCUUCUGCAUUUGCUUUGUCCCCUACCACCUGGUUCGCCUUCCCUACGCCUUCCUGAGGAGGCAGUGCAGGUGGAGCCAGGCCUUCUUCUACCUGAAAGAGAUGACUGUCAUGAUGUCGGUUCUCAACAUCUGCUUGGACCCACUCAUCUACUUCAUCUUCUGCAAGGCCUUCCGGGCCCAGCUGAGCCUGAGGUCGGUCUUGACCAUCACACAGGUUGCACCGCAUGCAGAGAACCCUGAGAGGAGGACCAGUGCCGGACGGAUCAGCUCCAUUGACACCAACAGGAAGACGUCGCUCAGCACAUUGAUGAAGCAAAACAGCAUGCUGUAGCUUGAAGCAGAGGUGGGAGGGAGUCAUGUAAAGAAAACCAGAAAGCUCACAGCAAUCUACCUGAUUUAAGCAGCUGUCUGGGGCAAUUACAUUACAAAUGCACCAAAGGAAAAAUUUAAAUUGAUAAUUAGAAUUGAUAGGUGCAUAAAAUGGGGUCCAGGGAAGACGUGUGUGUCUCUGAUUUUGCCCUGCAGACUUUGCAUAGUGCUGUUCUCUUCUGUCACUGACAACAUGAUCCUUGAGUCCACAUUGUAUUAUUUUUGGUCCACAGCUGCAUGCAGCGACCGGUGUUGCCCUCUACCAGUCUGCCACAUUGUGGUAGGUUGCUGGGUUUGCCUGCUUUGCACUAGAAAUCACCCAGUUUCAAAAACAAAACAACUUUUCAGUAUCUAAAAAAUAUGCUAAUAUUUAACUAACGCAAUAAAGUAAUUUUGAGUCAUCUGUCUCAAGUCUGAGUCAGGUUUCAAAUCAUAAAUACCAAGUGAAAGUCAAGUCCUCUACCAGUGUUAGUCAAGCAAGUCUCAACUUGACUUAAGUCUGACUGGAGUCAAGUCAUGUGACUUGAGCCCCCCACCUCUGGCUUGAAGCUAACAGACAGUGACAUCCAUGACUGUGAAGACUGAAUUCUGCAGGUAGCAAAGACCAGUCAACAGGAAUACCCUGCUUUAACAGAAGAUGUCAGAAGGGUUCAGACUUCUGGCUGGGUUGUUGGUCCCGUGUGCCCGCAGAAGAGAAAUCAGCCUUUGUAAAAAAUGAAAAUCAUUGUUUUUAGAGAUUUAAAGUAGUCUAAAAUGUGAAAAGGUUUAUUCUUGAACCUGGAAACAACAUCUUAUCAAAAAGGUUUUUAACACAAGGAAAGUUUGAUCCUGUGUUGAGAAAUGUCAGCUUACUUGUAUUUAGACUUGAAUGGUAUUAAACAUGCUGCAGAUUUAAAAGGCUGGUUCUAAUGACAAUGCAGAACAAUGCAAACUGUGCUCUCAACAAGUAAAGUUUGCAUGAAUCCAACCAGGCUGAAGAGAUGGGUGAGAAAUAUGUGUGAACGUAUCUAGCGUGUGUAGCCUGAACCUCUGAGGCUUUGGUGCCUCAUGUUUUCACUGCAGACCAGAAUGUUUCAGUUUUCCAAGAAGCAACCGACCACGUCAGCAGUGUUACAUGUGGUCGAUGAGUGCUGUUUUGAGAUCACAAAUACUGCUUUGCAAAAAGAAGCUGUUCCUGUGGUGACCCAUGAUACAUGGCACAUGCACGUAGCUGUUUAAUGGUUUAAGUUGCAGUGAAAAGCUGCGACACAUUUGCUUGAUUAGAUCACAACCACCUGAACCUGAAUUUCUAACCUCUUUUAACUUAAACCAGAAACCUGAGGCCAAGGCCGUGCACAUUCCCACAAACUCCUAGAAAUAUAACAAGUUGCUUUUUACUUUAUUAUUGUUUUUGUCAUUAGUCCUCAUUGUCCAUGCUUCUGUUUUGAGUGUCACACCGAUCAAUCAAACCAAAUUAUCUGAGAAUACAA